AUGAAGGAUCUCGGCCUUCUCAAAUAUUUCUUGGGAAUUGAGGUACUAAGGUCAAAAAAGGGGAUAUUCAUAAAUCAGAAGAAGUAUGUACUCGAUCUGUUGGCAGAAGUUGGGAUGGUCGAUUGCCAACCCGCAGAUACCCCGAUGGUACAGAAUCAUGGACUACAGAUAAGGGAAGGAGCAAGACAAGCCGACAGGGGGAGAUACCGACGACUGGUUGGGAAGCUCAUCUAUCUAUCCCACACGAGGCCCGAUAUUGCAUAUGCAGUCGGUGUGGUAAGCCAAUUCAUGCAUGCACCCCAAGAGGAACAUUGGGAAGCAGUCUUGAGGAUUGUCCGAUAUUUGAAGGGAACGGCGAAACACGGGCUUAUGUUUGCAAAACAUGGACAUAUGGAGAUACAUGGCUUUACUGACGCAGAUUGGGCAGGAAAUCCAAAUGACAGAAAAUCCACUGCCGGGUACUUCACCUUUGUAGGAGGGAAUCUUGUAACAUGGAGGAGUAAGAAGCAGAAGGUAGUAGCUCUAUCCAGCGCAGAGGCAGAGUUUAGAGGAAUCAAGAGUGGACUGACAGAGAUAUUGUGGUUACGAAACCUGAUGACAGAAUUGGAUCUCCGACCAGCUCUUCCAUGCAGGCUGUUCUGUGAUAAUAAGGCAACCAUAAGUAUCUCCGGAAACCCAAUUAAUCUCUUGAUGAGGCUAGAACUAAAUUUGGUUACAUUAGACUGA